CUGGACAUCCGCGAUUUCAGUCCACUCCCGUCAUCAUCCUCCAACGAUCGGGGCUUUCCUGGCCGUGAUUCCACUUCGCAUCGCCCUUCACGUAGUCUUCGGGGCGGGUUUCUCCUAACCCGUGAUUUCGAUCCAUCUCAACGUACGCAGGAUAUCCAAAUUUGGCAUCCGUCAGGUUUGCAAUCUGUUGUUGGGCACGAAAAUCCUCGUCAAGCAACAAGAAACGGCCGUCCUUCAGGCUUCCCUUAUAUCCAACAAACAGUCCAGAGUUUCGUGCCGCAAUGUCUCAUUUCGAGACCUCGUACAGCGCCGUCGUAUCGGAUCGCUUCUCGAAUCGUUACAUCAGCCCAUAUUGCAUCAUGUCGCAUAGACGGCGAGACCAAGGGCGCACACGGGGUGGCCGGGGGCAGCCUCAACGGCCGGUGGCCCCUAUUUCUCCUGACGGUGUUGCCGAACAAGUGCAACAAGUUGGAGAGUCGGGACCCUUCCAGCGCGGUCUUGCCGCAGCUGUCUUGUUGGGCCGGUCUUUCACUCCAGCGGAGAACAGAUACCUGUAUCAUCGUCUACCUAUGCGUCAGCCACCCACGGCGAGGACCGUGUUAGGCCACUUCAGCGAGCUACCUGCCCUCUACCGUAGCCUAGCUGAUGGAACGAGGUCAGGUCUCGAUACAGAGGGGCGGGAACGGGAGAGGGCAGAGAGACUUGUUGCUCUUGCAGAUGUUUUGGCAAGGGGCUAUGGAGAGCUGGUUGUCUGUCUACCUGUGCAGCGCAUUGAGGAUAUCAUAAGGCGAAACAUGGGUGAGAAUAGGAUUAGUAAGUUUUGGGAGAAGGUGUUGGAGGAGGUUGAGAUCGAGAACUUGCGCUACAUCGUCUCAUGCUCUUGGGUUGCACUCUUCAUCGUCCAACUUUCGCAGGCAUCGAGUAUAUUGGCAAAGGCCUCGCUCACCGACAACGAGCAAGUCCUGGUUAUCACGAGCGCCGGGCUGGCGCUGUUGUGGGCUGUGGUAGUUACAUCAGAGGGUUUAACGUUUGCGCAUGAGAAGCGAAGGCAAGAUGACCGGUAUUUGAAUGGGAUCAUUGCCAGAGAGUUAUGAAGCAAUAACGAGAUUUCAUACACGUAACUUGGAAGGAUAAACGAACUCAGGGGCACUUAUGACUUACGAUUGCU